GGAUCUGAAAUCCCUGACCCUCUGUCUGGACAGCGCUGAUAGGCCCUGCGCUGAUCACAUGCACUCUCCCAAGUAAAAAAAACUCUCUAGCCAUACACACCAAAUUGACCAUGUGCAGCUUGUCUCUAAGGCUCUGUUCUAUCGGCAGAUGGAUUGGGGACUGUGGAAGAAGGGGAGGAUCAGAGAAGACAGGAACAAACAGCCUUUUUUACACAAUGCAGAGGAUUAACCCCUUAGGUUCUACAGUGAGUAUAACAAGCAUGCUUUACUGCAUAUACAGACUGAUUUUACUGUUGUGGGUUUAG